AUGAGUCGUGCUGAGCGACAACCGGAUUAUUUAAUUGUAGCAUACAUAGUCGUUCCGACUACGAUCUUGAUUCUACUGUUACUGUUGCUGUACGUCACAUGUUCAAAACGCUUCCGUCUCAACUGGUAUGAAAGAUUUCUAUUGGAAGAAAAAUCAAGUGAUAAAAAGUUAAGUGAACCAAAGAAUAUUAAAUUACCACAGAAAGCAUCUGUGACUAACGUUUUGUCAGCUAUAGGUGUAGGUAAAGAAAGAAGAUAUUCAAGGGUUCAUUUUAAAACUGAAUGGAUGCCGGUCUCACGGAAAAUGGGCUCAAGCCCGAGUUCUCCUACAAGAGAUGUUAGUGAAAAAUUUUGGGUACCACCGGCUGUGUUAGAGAGGAAAAGAGCUCAGAGUUUGGUGCCAAUUGUUCCACAUCAUGAUAGUGAUGACGAAGGAAGUUCCGGAAAUGUAACCCCUGGAUCUAUUUCUGGUUUCCGUGACUCAUCCUCGUCCUUUUCGUUUGCAAAUGACGGGUUACCACCAUUGCCAUCACAAAGACAACGAAGAGCUUCAAUGCAAGAUGCCAUUGAUUUGAAGAAAAUUGAUGCUAAGUUGUAUGAUAGAAAGCAACUGUGUAGACAACAUUCAUUAACAAGUAACGAAGAAGAAAAUCUCGGUGCAAUAAAUUGUAGUCUACAGUACAACAAAGAGACUCACCUGUUGUCUGUAAAUAUAAUUCAAGCAGAAGAUCUCGUGGCAUGUGAUGUCAUUACCGGUACCUCGAACCCAUACUGUAAAGUAUCAUUAUUACCAGACCAUAAAAGUCAACUUCAAACCAGAGUCCACAAGAAAACCUUGGCCCCAAAAUUUGAUGAGGAGUUUAUAUUUGACAUAUCUCCAUCAAAGCUACCAAACUGUUAUCUAGAAAUUUUAGUUCUUCAUUAUGAUCAAUUUUCCACACAUGAUUGUAUUGGUGAAGUCAAAAUUGCCUUACUGGACAGUUUGAAUUUAACAGAUAAAGUGGAAAUGUGGAAAGGAAUUUCUCCAUAUCAAGAAGAAGGGAACAAAACUAAAGAUGUUGGUGAAAUAAUGUUUUCCUUGAGUUAUCUUUCAAGUGCAGAAAGGUUAACUGUUGUUGUGAUGAAAGCGAGGAAUCUAAAACUGGCAGCAGACGAAAGUAAACUUUUAGAUCCAUACGUAAAAGUAUCAAUCUUAUGUGAUGGAAAAAGAAUUAAAAAGAAAAAGACAUCGACAGUGCACGUGACACAUGAACCAGUUUGGAACGAAGCUCUUGUUUUUAAUAUUGGAAAGGAACUAUUAAAAAGACUUUCAGCAGAAUUUCAAAUUUUUCAUGACAAUACAAUUGGAAACGAUGAACUGGUAGGCAGAGUGAAAAUUGGCUACGAUACACAAGGUGAUGGGAAGAUUCAUUGGAACGAUUUGAUGGCAAGUAACAGUGCUGUUCCUCGUUGGCACGAGCUUCAAGAAUGACAGCCAUAUCUCGUGUUCUGUUAUUUGGAUUUCUAUUGUGAUAAAUGAAUAAUCCUUAUAUUAGGUCAUACGCUUACUUCCGCCAGUGGACGAAUGGUAAUCAUUAUAAGAACUGCCACAGUCAGUAGAAGAGAGUUGUUCCGCAACAUAAACUUUUCUGUAUUAUGAAAACAUAUUUGGUAUACAUUCAGUCUAUUUUAUUCGCUAAAUAAUUAUGCAAAAUAUAUAUAGAUACCUGCAAAAGAAUCAUGUAGCCAAAAUAUUUAACUAUAUAUAGAGUUUCUUUUUUUUUUCAUUUUUAUUUACAGAACUAUAGGGCAUGUACUUCUUACUCUGCUAUAUUUUGAAGACUUUCAUCUUUAUGAUUAUAUGUUUAUAUCCUAUAUAUAAAAAAUAAGUGAAAAUGAAGUGGAUGUAAGCAAUUAUAGAAAACCAUACUUCCUUUAACAAUGAGAAAAACCCAAACCGUAUAGUCGGCUAUUAAAGGCCCCGACAUGAAAAAUAUGAAACAAUUCAAUUGAGAAAACUAACGGCCUAAUUAUAACAUAACAAUUUACGAAAAACGAAUAUGACAGACAUGAACCAACGACAACCACUGACCUACAGGCUCAUGACUUGGGACAGUCACAUAAAGAAUGUUUGUGAUAUGUUUAUACUUUAAUAGUCCAUUUUUCUUAUAUACAUAUUUAAGAAUGAAAUAUUAGAAAUCCCAAAUUAUUAUGUGGUAUUUGAUUUUAUAUCCCUUAUUUUUUAAUGAGAAAUCUGGCAGUUAUCGCGUGUUUUUUUUUUUUUACAUUUUUAAAAUUUCCUGUUUGACGCUAUAGUAAACAUUUAUCUUACAAUCUGUCCUUUCUUUAAAAAAAGAUAGAUAUAUUAAUUUCAAAAUGCAUAUGAAAUACAGAUGUCAUUUUCGGAGUCCCUUUGGAAUCUACAUUAUAAAACUAAACAUAACAUAACUUGACAACGUAAUUAAAAAAAAGUCAGAUUUUUGAUAUAUUUGUUUUUAAUUUAUAGAACUAAGACAGACUAUAUUUAUGUUUAAGCUCAAUCUACGCGUACAGUGGUUUUUAUCGUUAAUUGUAAACCCUUAUUUUUUGGUUAUUUUCUAAUUACCUCAUUUCUUAGGCUAUGAAAUGACUUUUUGAAUGCUCUCCAACAACUUCGAUGCAGUUCUUUUGAUUAAUUUUGUCUUUUCCAAUUUGCCGAUAUUAUCACAAAAAGUAUUUUGUGGAUACAAAAUUUCAAACUUACAAAAAUAACUGUCAACCGGUCUUAAAAGUUUAAAACGUGCUUUUACUUGUUAAAUAAUUAAAAAAAAUGCUCUUAAUCUAUCUAGCUGACACUAAAGAUGCAGGUCAACGAGUUCCAAAUGCAUACAUGGUUUCAUAAACAUUUGAAAUACAACUCACUUAUGUAUACUUCGCAUCAAAAUCUAACUAUAAAAAUUGAAUGCGUCUCUCCGUAGUUUAAAUUUGCACAUCAUGCAAAAUGUGCUAAAUGCCGACUACAAAAAGCAGAAUUCAAUUCCUAAUAAGACAGACCGCCUCUCUAAAGGCGUAAAUGGUAAGAUUGCCAUUUACUGUAUUGCUACAUUUAUAUUCACUGAUGUGACAAGUAAUCUCUGUCGUAAUGUGAUUAUAUCAAAAGAGUUCCUCUAAUGCGACAAUUCAUAAAAAUAAUUCCAUUUCAAAAGAACAACUGGCCGUAAAAUGACCUAGCUACAGCCCAUUAUUUAGCUGAAGUGCCAACUUUCAGCUACAUUCAGGAAUGUAUUUGUAUAAUUUAAUGAUUAAGCAAAACUUGUAUCAAUCUGGUGUCUUCUAUUAGCAAUUAAUAAAGACAGGCAUUUAUUAAAGGUUUCUUCCUUCUGUUCAGCUUGCUUUCAUAUGGUAUUGGCCUUUAUCAUAUACAUUUACAAAAAUCUAAAGUGAUAUGUCAGCAGUCUAAUCAUAGACUGUCGAAUAACCAAUUUAGGACCCGUGCAAGAUACCUAAAUAAUGUGAUAUGCUGAUUGUGUUGAUGCUCUUACUAGAACAUUCUUCUCAUAAAAGUUUGCUAUUUUUCCUAAUUUCAAUAUUCAUUUUAAACAUUUUCUUUUCUAUCUGGCCUAUUCCUAUUUUUUAAAACAGCUAUAUACUUAUAGAUUUUCCUUAAAUAUGGAAUCAAUCUUUAUUUUACAGUUGUACCGUUUUGAAUAUUAAAUGACAGUUUUUAUUGAUUGUAUGUAUGUAUUAUGUAUAUAUUCGUAUAGAGGUAAUCUUGCCAACACUAUCAUAUUUUUCAUUUGUUCACAUAACACAGUAAAGGUUAAUUACAAGCUUAAACAAAUUUAAACUAAAAUAUAUUGUUGAUAAAUAAAAAACACAUCAUAAAUUCAAUUUCAGAAGUAGAGACUCAAAAUCCACGAGUAGAUCUUCUACGCUAAAUCAAAAAUGAACAUUUUUGAACAUGAAUCCAAAGCACUUUCUGUAUAUACCUUCGUCAGCAACGUUGAUGUAUAAGAAGCGAAACAUUUGAAGAGUUAAAGCUAGUUUAGACAUUUUUUUUAUCAUAAAACUAGCAUCUUGUUGUUAAUCUCUAUCCAGCAUGUGUCAUAUGCGCUUAGUUAUAAAUUGCAUCUUAAUUUGGCGAGGAAGUUAAUUAUGUGUAUAUGUUGUCUGUUGAAUGAGAAGCCUGUUUCAGAGAUUAUUGUACAUUUUGUUGAUCUAUAUACCUCACCGUAUUACCGGCUAUCGCUUCAAUGGGAUAUGUCUUCUCAAUUGUCAUUGCUAGAUGUCGGGUACAUCAGAUUUUUGUCUGCUAAUCAUUUGGAUUUUGCAAUCGUGUGCAUUAGAUUUUGAUCUGUGUAAUCUAUUGCAUCUACAGCCGAUUGCUGGUAAUAGGAUGUCUAAAAACUGAAUGACUUAUAAACUUUCCUUGUUAUAUUGGAGAAAUAAAAUUUUACAAUUCAA